GGAAUACAUCAUUAAGACCAAGAAUAAGAAAAUUGGAGUAUAGAAUAGAAACUGGGUUGAUUUCAUCAUGAGUUGACUAAUGGGAUUCUGCACAUGUUUGCCCUUAAUUUCUUCCGAUUCCUUUCUAAAAUCUUUCAACCAGUUACCUUCCCUGCUACGCAAUCAACUACCAUGGCCACUGAAUUCUCAAUUGAGGAAGCAACAGUACAAGAUCUUCAACUAGCUUUUCAAACAAACCAAUUAACAUCAAGACAGCUUGUUGAGUUCUAUCUCAAUCAAAUCAAUAUCCAAAACCCAGUUCUCAAAGGAGUCUUGGAGGUCAAUCCAGAUGCAUUAGCAGAAGCAGAUAAAGCUGAUCAAGAGAGAAGGGAAAAAGCACCUGGUUCUCUUUCAAGGUUACAUGGAAUACCUAUGUUGGUUAAGGAUAACAUUGCAACUAAGGAUAAGCUAAACACCACUGCAGGCUCUUUUGCAUUGCUUGGAUCAGUUGUGCCAAGAGAUGCAGGUGUUGUUACCAAGUUAAGGGAAGCUGGUGCUAUCAUAUUGGGGAAAGCCACUUUGAGUGAGUGGUCAAAUUACAGGUCUAAUGGAGCUCCUAGUGGUUGGAGUGCCAGAGGUGGACAAGGAAAGAAUCCAUACACAUUGGAUGAUCCCUGUGGAUCAAGUAGUGGAUCAGCAAUAUCAGUAGCUGCAAAUUUGGUGACUGUGUCACUUGGUACCGAAACUGAUGGCUCCAUCUUAUGCCCUUCAGGUCUUAACUCAGUGGUGGGCAUCAAACCAACAGUUGGUAUCACUAGUAGAGCAGGUGUAAUUCCAAUUAGCCCAAGGCAAGACACAGUCGGGCCAAUUUGCAGGACUGUAUCAGAUGCUGCUUAUGUUCUUGAAACCAUAGCAGGCAUCGACACUUUCGAUGAGGCAACUAUUGAAGCAUCAAAGUAUAUUCCAGAAGGUGGCUAUGCUCAAUUUCUAAAGAAAGACGGACUAAUAGGAAAGAGAAUAGGAGUAGUGAAACGAUACUACAGUUUUAGAAAUGACACUUUUCCGGAUAAAACUUUCAAGCUACACCUGAAAACGUUAAGGCAGAGAGGUGCAGUUUUGGUUGACAAUUUGAAGAUUGAUAACAUUGAUGAAAUUAUCAGUGAUCCAAGUGAGGAGAUUGCUAUGAAUUUUGAAUUCAAAUUAUCAUUGAAUGCAUACCUCAAAGACUUAGUAGCAUCGCCAGUGAGAAGCUUGGCAGAUGUGAUAGCCUUCAACAAGAAAAACCCAAAAUUGGAGGAACUUGAUAAGUAUGGCCAAGAUAUCAUGUUGCAAGCUGAAAAGACAAAUGGAAUUGGAAGUAUACAGAAAGAAGCAUUAUUAAACAUGACAAGAUGGUCAGAAAAUGGGUUUGAGAAACUGAUAAAAACAAAUGAACUUGAUGCUGUGGUAACGCCUUUUUCAUCCUUUAGUAGCAUACUUGCUAUUGGAGGUUAUCCUGGAAUCAUUGUUCCAGCAGGAUAUGAAAAGGGUAAGCCAUUUGGAAUUUGUUUUGGAGGUUUGAAAGGCUCAGAGCCGAAGUUGAUUGAAAUUGCUUAUUCAUUUGAGCAAGCAACUUUGAUCAGAAAGCCACCUCCUCUUCGAAAUUCAGAAAUCUGAACUAGUAAUGCUCUUCGAAAGCCUCCUCCACUUCCCGUGAAUAUCAUUGUUUCUUUGCAUCCGCUAGCAAAUUGAGUUGAAGAGCUUACAUUACUUGAUCUGUAAGAAAGUGUAAGUUGUAACAUGAACAAUCCUAAAUCAUCUAUAAAAGUGCAUGUUGAUGUCACUAACAUGCUUGAUUGGUCAGAAAACCCGCAGAGCAAUAAGGAUGGUGCUAAAUGUAUGGUGAAGUUGUAUUCAUGGAAAUCUGAGAAAAUAAUGCAAUAAAUAUACCAGAAUGCAUUAAUGUUGAGAACUUCACCAAAUAAGAUGGCUUCAACACAAAUUAUUUCCCUUGACAGAUUUGUUAUUUCUAACAAUUUGAUUUAUAAAACAGUUACUACUACAUUAUUCUCCCUUAUCAAA